AUGGAGGACGGGAAGCCAGUCUGGGCGCCGCACCCCACCCAUGGGUUCCAACUGGGCCUGAUCGUGGACAUCGGAGCGGACGCGCUGACCAUCGAGCCGCUCAAUCAACGGGGAAAGACGUUCCUUGCCCCUUUGAGCCAAGUCUAUCCGGCAGAGGAGGACGUCAACAAACAUGUGGACGACAACUGUUCACUCAUGUACCUGAAUGAAGCCACACUCCUUCACAACGUUAAAGUCCGCUACAACAAAGACCACAUCUAUACUUUCGUUGCAAAUAUCUUGAUAGCCGUGAACCCGUAUUAUAACAUCCCCAGUCUGUACGGCCCAGAAGCCAUCAAGUCGUACAAGGGCAAGUCUCUGGGAACGCUGCCCCCCCACGUGUAUGCCAUAGCUGAUAAAGCAUACAGAGACAUGAAGGUUCUGAAGAUGAGCCAGUCCAUUAUCGUGUCUGGAGAGUCCGGAGCAGGAAAGACAGAAAACACCAAGUUUGUCCUCCGAUAUCUGACGACGACUUACGGGACUGGUCAAGACAUCGAUGAGAGGAUUGUAGAAGCAAAUCCCCUUCUGGAGGCUUUCGGGAAUGCCAAGACUGUUCGCAACAACAACAGCAGUCGGUUUGGAAAGUUUGUAGAGAUACACUUCAAUGAGAAGAAUGCUGUUGUCGGAGGGUUUGUCUCUCACUACCUGUUGGAGAAGUCCAGGAUCUGUGUUCAAAGCAACGAUGAGAGGAAUUAUCACAUCUUCUACAGACUUUGCGCCGGAGCCUCUGAGGACCUCAAGAAGAAACUGCACCUGGACUCACCGGACCACUUCAGGUAUCUGAACAGAGGUUGCUCCAGCUUUUUCGCCACCAAGGAUUCAGAUAAACACAUCCCACACCAUCGUAAAAGUCUUGAGCAUCUGAAGAGCGGAGCCUUGAAGGACCCGUUGCUGGACGACCUGGGAGACUUCAGCAGGAUGUGCGAAGCCAUGAAGAGGAUCGGCCUGAACGACAACGAGAAGCUGGACCUGUUUCGUGUGGUCGCCGGGGUUUUGCAUUUGGGCAAUAUUGACUUUGAGGAAACAGGGAGCAGCUCUGGUGGCUGUGUUCUGAAGAACCAGUCCAGUGAGUCUCUCCAGUCCUGCGCUGAGCUGCUGGGUCUGGACCAGGACGAUCUGAGGGUCAGUCUCACCACCAGGAUCAUGCUCACAACAACAGGGGGCGCCAAAGGGACAGUCAUCAAGGUCCCUCUGAAGGUGGAGCAGGCGAACCACGCCCGGGACGCUCUGGCCAAAGCCGUGUACAGCCGCCUGUUCGACCACGUGGUGCGGAGAGUGAACCGGUGCUUUCCCUUCGACACCUCCACAAACUUUAUCGGAGUCCUGGACAUUGCUGGUUUUGAGUAUUUUGAGCACAACAGCUUUGAACAAUUCUGCAUUAAUUACUGUAACGAGAAACUUCAGCAGUUUUUCAACGAGCGGAUUCUCAAAGAGGAGCAAGAGUUGUAUCAGAGAGAAGGACUGGGAGUGAGCGAGGUGCAUUAUGUUGACAACCAGGAUUGUAUCGACCUGGUGGAGGCGAGGCUGGUGGGGGUCCUGGACAUUCUGGACGAGGAGAACCGUCUUCCUCAGGCCAGUGACCAGCACUUUACUGUGGCGGUGCACAGUAAGCACAAGGACCACUUCAGGCUCACCGUUCCAAGAAAAUCAAAGUUGGCUAUUCACCGAAAUCUACGCGACGACGAAGGCUUCAUGAUCAGGCACUUUGCGGGGGCGGUCUGUUAUGAAACCAAACGCUUUGUGGAGAAGAACAACGACGCCCUGCACAUGUCCCUGGAGAGCCUGGUGUGCGAAUCCAAAGACUCCUUUGUCCGAGAACUUUUCGAGAAUUUCAACAGCGGCAAAGACGUCAAGCAGAAAUCUGGAAAACUCAGCUUCAUCAGCGUCGGAAACAAGUUCAAGACUCAGCUGAACCUGUUACUGGAAAAGCUCCGGAGCACAGGCUCCAGUUUCAUCCGUUGUGUGAAGCCCAAUCUAAAGAUGGUGAGCCACCAGUUUGAAGGAGCGCUGAUCCUGUCCCAGCUGCAGUGCUCUGGAAUGGUGUCGGUGCUGGAUCUGAUGCAGGGUGGUUUUCCAUCUCGCGCCCCUUUCCAUGAGCUCUACACCAUGUACAAACAGUAUCUGCCUGAAAAGCUGCAAAGACUCAACCCACGGCUCUUCUGCAAGGCCUUGUUUAAAGCUCUGGGAUUGAAUGAUGCCGAUUUCAAGUUCGGUCUGACCAGAGUCUUCUUCCGCCCAGGAAAGUUUGCAGAGUUUGACCAGAUCAUGAAGUCCGACCCGGAGCAUCUGGCCGAGCUGGUGAAGAAAGUCAAUAAGUGGCUCCUGUGCAGCCGCUGGAAGAAGGUCCAGUGGUGCAGUCUGUCUGUUAUCAAACUUCGCAACAAAAUGAGCUACAGAGCCAUAGCCUGCAUCAAAAUCCAGAAGAGCGUUCGCAUGUGGCUGUGCAGGAGGAAACACAAACCACGUGUGGACGGGAUGGUACAGGUGCGCAAUCUGAAGAAACACAUGGAGCAUCUGACCAAAGUGGUGGACGGGCUGAAGGAGGGCAAAGAAGAGGUGGCCAAGAAAGUACACGAACUUGCAACUGCCAUAGACCAGCUGAUGGCCAAGAUCAAGGCCACAGUGAUGAGCUGGAAGGAGAUCGACGCCGAGUACCAGGCCUUGGUGCGGCGCUCGGAGCAGCUGCUGGGCUCCAUGCAGAAGAAGAAGCAGGAACAGGAGGAGAGUGAACGGCUGAAGCACAUCGAGGACGAGAUGGAGAAGGAGAGGAAGAGCAGAGAGAAGGACGAGCAGCGCCGCCUACAGGAGGAAGAGGAGCGCAGACUCAAAGCAGAGAUGGAGCUGAAGAGAAAGCAAGAAGAGGAAGAUCGAAAGAAACGAGAGAAGGAGGACCAUGUCAUGCAGGCGGAGAUGGAGGUACAGUUGGCUCAGGAGCGGGAGGAGCAGGUCCAGCAGGCGACCAUCUUGGAGCAGGAGAGGAGAGACCGUGAGUUGGCCAUGAGAAUCGCCCAGAGCGAAGCCGAGCUCAUCACCGAAGAGGGCCAGCUGGACGCGAGUCUCCGCAGGGGGGCUCAGGUGCAGGCGACCAAAGCUGCUGCUGGAGUGAAAAAGCACGACCUGAGCAAGUGGAAGUACGCCGAGCUCCGGGACGUUAUCAAUACUUCAUGUGACAUUGAGUUGCUGGCUUCGUGCAGAGAGGAGUUCCAUCGGCGUCUGAAGGUGUACCACGCCUGGAAAGCCAAAAACAAGAAACGCACAGAUGACGACAGCAACCAGAGAGCUCCAAAGUCCAUCACAGACUAUGCCGAACAGAACCCAGCACCUCCUCCGCAGCAGCAGGAGGUGGCCAUGAACCGUCAGCAGAGGUACUUCCGGAUCCCCUUCAUCCGGCCCGCGGACCAGUACAAGGACCCGCAGAACAAGAAGAAGGGCUGGUGGUACGCACAUUUCGACGGGCCCUGGAUCGCACGCCAGGUGGAGCUGCACCCUGACAAGAGACCCAUCGUCCUGGUGGCCGGCAAAGACGAUAUGGAGAUGUGUGAGCUGAGCCUGGAGGAGACUGGUCUGACCCGGAAGAGAGGAGCCGAGAUCUUGCCGCGACAGUUCGAGGAGAUCUGGGAGCGCUGUGACGGCAUCCAGUAUCUGAAGAAGGCCAUCGAGAACAAACAGGCGCGGCCCACGUACGCCACCGCCAUGCUGCAGAGUCUGCUCAAAUGA